UACAUGUAAACAUAAAUUUUGCUCGACGGAACUUCAAAGGAAUACACAGGGCUCAUCAAAGAGGCAGGGUAAGACAGUUUGCAAAGAACAGUAAGAUGAGUCGGCCUGGGUCUUACAUCAGCAGGUAUCAGAACAUCAAAAUACUGUUAGAUACAUCCAAAGAAGACAAGGCGACAAGGAAUGAAGGCUACAAACAGUUGAAAGAACUGGAAGAUAGAGCCCUCGAAUAUCAGCGGGAGUCCAGGAACAUGGACAGUCUGAACGUGUCGGAGUCUUAUAUGGCCGAGGCACGUGAGAAGUUCCAGACCCUCAGUCAGCUGAUAGUCCACGGUCAUAACGUGUUCGACCACGCCCUGGACGAAUUCAAAACCCUUAUACUGCUGUACGCGGCUCAGAGCAAACGUCAUGGCGAGGUUCCCAAAAGGAAGGUCAACAAGAGAGAGGGGAUAGAAACCGUGCUGAACCGCGUAAAGGAAGACAACGAUACGACCGCCCGCAGGUAUAGAUACGCGGAGAGCGACUACAAAGACUUAUUAAUCAUCGAGAAGAAAUGGCUUAAAGAAGUAAAGAAAGACCCACAGGCCAAAGAAAUGGACCUUAUGGAUCCUAGAGAUGCCACGAUGGACGAUAAACGCUACAAACAUUUGAAGAACUUCAUACAAGAGGAAGUGAAAGAGAAUCCAGAAAACGCUAAUUCUCAGAAGGAACUGGAUGAUCUUCUGCUGGCGGAGAGGAAAUAUUUCACCCUUCAUCCAAAUGAGGAAAAGGAAUAUGUUGAAAGUCCAGAAAUUGUUCGUAAACCAUCCAAAGAAAAGAAAAAGAAAGGAGAAACGACUCAUCCUCCUCACAGAGGAAAAAUUCAUAGGUCAAUCUCUCAGGCCAGUCUGACCAGUGAAGAUAGCGAAGAUGGUGGCUCGAAACCAGACGAGAAGAAAAUGGCCGUGUCCUUGGAAAGACUGAAAGAAAUGGAGCAGCGAGAACAGCUUCAUCUGGCAAAAAUCGAGGAACUCACAACGAGAUUAAGUAGUUUUGCCAGUAAACAGCUUCUAGAAGGUAAUCCCAACAUAGCGGACUUAAGCGAUGCCAACAGACCGACAAAACUCAGUGAAAAAUUUAAUAAUGUUUACGAUAAUGAAUGGUCAGAUGCUUUUGAAGAGUUGCAAGAAAGUGGCAAAAGUGACGAGGAGAUCAUUAAACUCUUAAUGGAAAUAAUCAUCCACGCUGAUAAAUUCACCAGGGAUGUCAAAGAACAGCAACUGGAACGUUUGAUGGAUAGUAUGCGAUUCUGCAUGGUUCACGUCCAAUGGACCAUCAAAGAUGAGGAUGUUCGAGUUGAUGACAAAUCCAGGUCUACAAAACACGAUCCAAAGUGUUUUGCUUCCAUAAUUAAGCAUGCAAAGGAGUUCCAAAAGGCAUCAGCCAAAGCCUCAGUCCCAUCUCUAUGCGUGAUGUUCAAGGAAACAUUUAUCAGAGAAGGUCGUAAACUGGACUACCAAAAACUCGUGCAUGUCGAGCAGUACAUAGACAAGGUGGUUGAGUUAGUGUGGUUGAUGGUGGUUCAGGAUCCGCCCAUGAGCAUCUGCUGCCAGAAACAGGGGGAGCAGAUGGACAAAAAGUCCUACAAGUACUACGAAAAGAAGGGGGACCUCGUGAAUCUGACAGUCUGGCCUGCUGUCUUUCUGUAUGAUAAAGGGCCUCUUGUCAGCAAAGGGUUCAUCUGGCCUAAGUAAUCUAAGGCAAUAUACAUUGACAUUUUCAGUUUAUGUCCCAACUUAACUCUGAAUGUAGUU